GAACUCCAUCUCCAGCGACUAUAACUUGCAUGCGUUAAAAUUCAGUCAAAGUCAAAGUCGUCCAAACGCUUGAGGUUUGCUCGCUGCGUGAGCUAGCUAACGACGCCUCGAGCUCUUCGAGCGUAGUCGUUCCUGCUCGAGUGCGAGUAUACGUUUCUGCAAAACGUAAGCAAUAAAAAUCUUCCGCGCACUGAAGAACUAGCAGAAGGAGAAGUAGUAGAGGUAGCUACUACUAACUACACUAACAACCAAACCAAACCAUACCAAACCAGUUGGGAUUGAGUUUGCGCUGCCGCGUCGCGUCCUCCACAUCUUCGGCAGCGCUUAGUUACCAACACUCGUGCUACUGUGUCAAAAACACCAAAUCAUGGAGUGCCAGCUGAACACUUGUGCAAAAGUCGUGAAAUUACCCAAGCAAAUAAUGUGCUCGUAAGAACAAGCGUCCCAAUCGACAUUAUAAAGAUGAAGCAAGUAGACUUUGACGAGAUGUCACUCCGUCGAGUGGAAAUGUCAACCGAGUACUUUCUCGUGCCGAAUAAGACGUUAUUACGACCGAAUCAAAUACCAACAUCAUCUACCGCAUCCGGCACACCCCCGAUUGUCACCGCUACAGUAUGUCAAGACUGUGGUUUACUACGUACAGAAGUAUGGGUUUUACCCGUUAUUAUCUUCUCCGGAAUUGUUAUGGUUUCGAUUACAUUCUUCGAGAUUUUCAUCAUAUGUAAAGCGUACAAACUAAGCUCAAGUCAUCGUAAUAUUUUCCUUGGACAAAUAUUACUCCUGGGGUUGUUUCUAUGUGCAACUGUAAGCAUCAUUCUGACCAUGGUACCUACCCCCUUGACGUGUGCAUUGACAAGAUUUGGGAUAGGAAUAUCUUAUACGUUAAUUUUCGCCGCGUUGCUAGUCAAGUGCGUGUUUCUGAUAAGUCUCCACACCGGGGUCUACCUCCCAGCUGCAUACCAAGCCCUGCUGCUGGCGUUCAGUAUACUGAUCCAGGUGGCAAUCAAUGUGCAGUGGCUCAUAACGUAUCCGCCCGGCGUCGAGAGUGUGAUUUACGAACGCUACGUGACUGAGCGCAAGCAUCACCUGCUCUUCACCGCUAAGGACCUCGAGAAGCCCAUCGUUUCGAAACGGUGUCAGAGCACCUACGUGGACGUGCUCUUCUCGUUGAUCUACGUUGUCUUUUUGAUACUUUUCGUGAGCGUGCUGUCGAUCAAGGCGCGCCACGUGCGGAACAAUUAUCGCGAGUCGACCUAUAUUGGGCUGUCGGUUGGGUGUUCGGUGCCCACCUGGUUCGUGUGGAUCCUGAGCGGGUUUCUCGUCAACGAACGCCACAAGGAUGCGUGUCUGGCGCUGGGAUUGCUAGUGUCGAGUAGUAUUAUAUUCUGUGUGAUGUUCCUGUCGAAAGGUCGAAGACUGAUUGCGCUCGGCAGUAACGGGGUGUACAAGGAGGAUCGUGAUGAUCAGUUUAGUUCGAUUAGUCGGACGGGAAGCAGAUACUCGCCUUCGUUUUUUCAUUAUCAACCAGGGGAUUACGGAUAUGGUGGACAUCGGGAUUGUAUUUAUCAGAAACCAUCGAGUCAUUCAAGGACGAAUAAUACUGAAGAUAUUAUCGGUGUGCAGGACGAUGGCAACAUGUACACAACACUGGAGCCAACAUUAAGCACGAAUCCAAACGUGUAUUUUUAUUGCAGCAACGGCGUACAUCCAGGCAUGAUUUAUUAAUACACCAACCAUAUGCAAUUGCAACUGCAGUCGUUAAAAAAACCUAAGCAUAAAACUGAAAAGCUGGGUUGCAAUUUGCACACCACAUUAAACUUUAGCGAAACAACAAUCCACGAAGACGUCGUAAAAUUUAACUACGCGCCGUUUUUAAAUAAAUUACAAAUCAUCGUAUUUACGAUUACGAUGUUCGAUGGAGAAAUUCCAAAUGUAUGUAAACAAAUUAUAGUGCAAAAUGUUAAUUUUAUGGUAACAAAUUAGGUUACACACACACACACCUAACCAAACUAAACUAUUGGGAAUUUGUGCAAUAAGUAAAUAAUUAAAAUAUGUGGACUUUGUGUUAAAUUAUUUAAAUAAAAUUUAUUAAUUAUUAGGUAUAGCAUGAAAUGGAAUGUGUGUAAUGGUGGUAUGUAUUUGUUUGAGUGUUUGGUUGAUUGCAAUCGUAUUUAAUUACUUUGCAAAAAAAACGCUUAAAAGUUUGUUUCUAUGAAAUGUCUUUUAUGAUACCUCCGAAAGUAAUUAAAUUUAUUGAUGUGUAACACUAGAUAACAUAAACUAAUACGCAUUAUUCUAAUUUUUAAGUUUGUACAUAGUUAAUAUAGUGAAUAAUAUUUAUAAAUCUGGUUAGUACUAACUCACUUUUUAAAGAAAUAUUAUGAACACAUUUAUUAAA